UCCUAGCCUACGUUCGGAGGUGGGUUCAAUCAGUGAAUUGACACAAAUCUGCACCAUUCACAGUUCACUUCCCAUUUGAUGGACAGAGGGGGAAGCCAAUCAGGGGGAAAAGACGCCGGGUAUGACUAAUGGAUGCAUCUCGCUGGCCGUCUCUCAGCUCCUGUAGUGGAUGCAGGCGGGUUGGCGACGCCGGACAAAAAGCAGAGGCCAGCCCUCCUCGGUUUGCAGGUAAAGCCCCUUCUCGGAAGCUAUAAGAAUAAGUUGAAGAAGCCAUGGACAACCCAACUUGCAAUGGGAUUUCAAGUGAGAAGAAAACCAGCUUCUUAGUAGCUGAAGGCCAUGGCCAGCAAAUCUUAAGUGUGCUGCAGAGCUUCAGAGAACAAAAUAUAUUUUUUGACUUCAAAAUACUUGUGAAAGAUGAAGUGAUCCCAUGCCAUCGUUGCGUACUAGCAGCAUGCAGUGAUUUUUUCAGGGCAAUGUUUGAAGUUAACAUGAAAGAAAGAGAUGAUGGAAGUGUUACUAUUAGUAAUUUAUCACCCAAAGCAGUAAAGGCUUUCCUAGAUUAUGCCUACACUGGAAGAACUGAGAUAACAAAUGAUAAUGUAGAAAUGUUAUUUCAGCUAUCAUCCUUUCUUCAAGUUUCACUUUUGUCGAAAGCUUGCAGUGACUUUCUAAUUAAGAACAUAGAUCUUGUGAAUUGUUUGCAAUUGCUAUCCAUUUCUGAAAGUUAUGGAUCCACUCAGUUGUUCAACCGCACACUCGAAUACGCACGCCAGCAUUUUUCCUUGUUGCUCCAGUCAGCUGAUUUCUUGGAAAUGCAUUUUGAGAUAUUGCAGAAGUGUCUAGAAGCCGAUGAGCUGAAUGUCCCUGAUGAGGAGUCUGUGUUAAAGGCUGUCUUUUGGUGGACAAAGCAUAACUUGGAAACAAGACAGAAACGCCUUCCCCAGUUGAUGAAAAAAGUAAGGUUACACCAGUUAUCUGAGAAGGCACUGCAGGAUGUCUUGCACUCUGAAAAACAGUUACUCAAAAGCACUGGCUGCUCAAUAAUAAUCAAGGAGGCUAUUAAAAAUGUGCAGGAUUUCAGUGGACUGUUUGUAGAUGCUCGUCCUUCUACAACAGAGAAGUAUAUAUUGGUUCACAAAAAUGAAGAAAAUGGAGUACACAGGCAUACAUUCUGCUAUAAUAUUAAAACUGAUCAGUGGAAAGAAUUAGCACACACAAACAUAACUGAUCUGCCAGGAUCCAGUUUAUGUAGUUAUGGUGAAAAAUUAUUUAUAACUGGUGGAUGUAAAGGAAACUGUUUUCGGACUAUUAGACUACAUAUUGGUGAGACAUUUCAUGAUGCUACCAACCAAACGUGGUGUUACUGCCCAGCAAAUGAUAGCUUGUCAUUAGUUUCACCCAUGAAGAAGCCAAGGACAAUGCACACAUCUGUUGUGACUCUGAAUCAAUUGUUUGUAAUAGGAGGAAAGACAAGGGCAUCUCAGGAAAUCAAAAGUCUAUUGGAUAUAGAAGCAUAUAGCCCUCUCUCUAGAGAAUGGAAAUCUGUGAGUUCUUUACCAAGGGGAAUCUACUAUCCAGAAGCUAGUGCCUGUCAGGAUAUAAUUUAUGUGCUUGGUUCUGAAGUAGAAAUUACCGAUGCCUUUAAUCCAUCUCUUGAUUGUUUCUUUAAAUACAAUGCUGCUGCUGAUCAAUGGUCUGAGCUGGUAGCAGAAUUUGGACAGUUCUUUCAUGCAACAUUAAUCAAGGCUGUUCCAGUGAACUGCACAUUAUACAUAUGUGACCUUUCCACCUACAAGGUUUAUAGUUUCUGCCCAUUGACCUGUGUUUGGAAAGGGGAAGGUUCAUUUGAAUGUGCUGGUUUUAAUGCAGGAGCAGUUGGGAUAGAAGAUAAAAUUUAUAUUCUUGGUGGUGAUUAUGCUCCUGAUGAAAUCACAGACGAAGUACAAGUCUACCAUAGCAGUAGGUCUGAAUGGGAAGAGGUUUCACCCAUGCCAAGAGCCCUGACUGAAUUCCAUUGCCAGGUGAUUCAGUUUAAUACAUUCAGGGACCCAUGGCUUGAAAUAGCAAUAUGAAAGGGAAAUUUCAAUUGUAAGCAACAGCACAAGUUUUUUUUUAACUUUGAAGGCAAUGCAAAUUGAGACACAAUCCACCAAACACAAAUUCUCCUUUUUAUAUCCAUCAUAUAUUAAAAUCUCUUUCUGAACUUAGUUAAGAAGAAUUUACAUUUUUUCAAAGGAUUGAUCAUGACUAGGAGAGCAGCCCUCCGUAUUUGAUACUGAGUGUUACUGUAGUAAUUUCUACAGAGAGCAAAUCUUCCUGGAUUCUAUCUCACAUUUUCAAAUGUAUUUGUUCCCACUUUUUUUUGGGGGGGGGGGGGUUGUGUCAGGAGCGACUUGAAAAACUGCAAGUCGCUUCUGGUGUGAGAGAAUUGGCCGUCUGCAAGGACGUUGCCCAGGGGAAGCCCGGAUGUUUUGAUGUUUUUAUCAUCCUUGUGGGAGGCUUCUCUCAUGUCCCCGCGUGGAGCUGGAGCAGAUAGAGAGAGCUCAUCUGCGCUCUCCCCGGGUGGGAUUCGAACCUGGAAGCUUUCAGAUCAGCAACCCAACCUUCAAGUCCCAAGGCUUUAAUCCACUACGCCACCGGGGGCUCCCACGUUUUGGUUGAUACAUAAGCAGUAAUGUAUGAUUUGGUGGACUUUUAUAUUAACAUAAUUUCAGAACAGAAUAUUGAAUCACAUCAGUAUUCUAGUGUACACACUUUGGACAAAAUAUAUUUAUUUGAUGUCCUGAGAUGGAAUUCAACAAGGAUUACAAUAAGCUUUAAAACAUUCAAAUAAGACAUUACAAAAGUUUAAAAAAUAUUAUUUUUCAAAAUAAAAUUAUUUUGAAAAAUGAUUAAAAAAUAAAACAUUUAAAUAGAUUUUAAAAGAUUUUCAAUAAAAGGUAAAACAUACAGCACACCACACGAACAUCACUACUCCAUAAUUAAAAUGCCUAAAUAAAAAUACCUUCAGCUGCUGGUAGAAAGAGAGCAAGGAGGCAACCAAACUUCCUUUGGAAAGGUGUUUCACAACCUGGAAUCAGCCACUGAGAAGGGUGCAUUUUACCAAAUUUAUCUGAAAAACUGAUGGGAUGGUUUUAAAAAACCAGCUGCCACUGGCUUGUAAAAGGAGAUUGAGUCUUUCACAUAGUCUGGACCCAAACGUGGGUGAGGUUUGAAGGUCAAAACCAGCACUGAAUUUGGCCUGGAAAAGGAUUGGAAGCCAGGAUGUUUCAACAGGAGAAUAAUAUAAUGGUAACCAGCACCAAUCAAAAGCCUGGCUGCAGUAUUUUCGACCUGAAGUUUCUCAACAGUCUCCAAAGGCAGCCCCAUAUACAGUAGAUUACAGUAGUCCAAGCAAGAUGUAAUCAAGGGUUGUGUUGAAUCUGAAUUCUCAAGAAGUGAGGGUAGCUGGUACGCUAGUUAUAACUACAAAUGCACCCCUGGUCAUCCAAGCUCAGAUUUCAGUUUUUGCCUGAGAUUUCACGGGAAGUGUAACUCCAUCAAGCACUAUUCAAUAGUCUUUUGCAUUUGUAUGGAAUCUGUUUCUAUUUGUACUAUUCAUAUGGUUCCGUUUCCGUUUCUGUCUGCCGCUUAUGGAAAUGGGCACCUAUACAAAUGGGCUUUUCCGUCCAAGGUCUAAAAAAAAAUUGUUCAGGCCUUGGGUGGCAAAGCAUGAGCGCCUGCCAGCAAGGGCCUACAGCCGAGCGGGCCUGGACUAUGCAGAUCAGGACUAUGAGCACUGAGCGCUCGAUGGCUUAUAGGCCCGGCUCACAUAACCUACAUUCAAGCGCUCGACUAUAUGCCCAGCAGGCAGGGCCUACGAGCGUUGAUGGCUCAUAGGCCCGGCUCACAAGUCCUACAGUCGAGCGCCGAGCGCUUGAUGCUCGACUGUAGACUCUGCAGGCAGGACCUACAAACACUGAGUGCUCGAUGUCUCGUAGGACCUACCUUACAGGGCCUACAGUUGAGUGCCAUCAAGUGAGCUGGCCUACGAGAGUUAAGCGCUCAGCGCUUUGGCUGUAGGCCCUGCCAAGCACCGAAAAUCAGCCGACCAAAUAGCUACCGUUCCUCUUUUCCUUUCAUUUCACUGCUUCUUUCGAUCUUAGUGGGAUUGUACCAUUCCAUGCCAUCUGAAUGGAUGGAAUGGUACAAAACCAUGAAAGAAACAGAUGAAACAGGAUUCAGGCCCUAUUCUACUAUUCAAAUCCAUCUUGUUUCAGUAGUGUUUUUUACAGAGGAUAGCAACAACUUAAUCCGUAUUCUGAAUUGCUGGUUUCUGAACAGAAUCUUAAUUUGGUAUUGAUUGCCUCAUUAGGUACUGAACAAAAUUUCAACAUAGAAGAUUUUGGAUAUUUUGAAUUUUAAAAAUAAAAACAUUUCAAACAUAAUUGGUUGAACCAAUUUGUUAGUUGAAUGUUCAGGCUACUGGGGAAGCCAGUUGUAGAUAGUAAUAAUGUCUUAAAUUGGAUUCUAGCCAGAAUUUAAAUUUAAUUGCUCUUGUUGUUAUGUGCCUUAAAGCCAUUUCUAUCUUAUGGUGACCAUAAGAGUGAGUUUCUUGGUGAGAUUUAUUUAGAGUUUUGCCUUCCUCUUAGGCUGAGAUAAUAUGACUUGCCUAAGGUCACCCAGUGGGUUAUUAUGGCUGAGCAGUUUUCAGUUGUGUUCUCCAGAGUCAUAGUCCAGUGCUCAAACUCCUAAACAAUGCUGUAGCAACAGACAAAGGUGACAACUAAGAAAGGGUCUUGGCGCUUAUUCAAGUGGUAGUGAGCAAGCUUUUAUUUGCUAUAUAAUAAGUUAUAGAAAGCUAUACAGAAAUAUUUUACCAGGGCUUUCAGUAGGAUAUAUCAAGCCACUUUCAUGUAAAAGCAUGAAGGACAUUUCUUAGGUCAUUGAUAAUUAUAUUUAUACUUAAUGUUUAUGCUGUUUUCAUGUUGCUCUCAGGUAGCACAGAUGGAUUAGGUUAUAUAUAGUAUGAUGUUGAUUUUCCUAGUACUAACAAAAAGGAUAGCUGAUCCCUGCUGAAAGCAGCUUACAAUCUACAAUUGCUGUAGACAUGCUACAAAUAAAUUUGUGAUAUGCAAGCGCCUACUUUUAGAAGCUAUAAAUCUAUGCAUAUGUAACAAAGAAAAUACCUUGCUGAAAUCCAGGAACUUGCUUCUGAUUAGCAUUCUAAGAAUAAAUUGCCAGAGUAGUACCAUCAAAAUUAAUUCAUCUGGUCCCAUGAAACUCACCACCCUGAGUCCUUUUGGGGAAAUAGGGUGGUAUAUAAAUAAGGUUUUAUUUAUAUUAAAUAAAAACAACAAAGUUUAAAUAAGUAGCAAUGGUUGUAAAAUAUGUUGUUUCAACAUGCACUUGAUUAUUAUACAUCACAACUACCAUUAAAGCACUAUACUGAUGCUUGAGAAAUCUUAAUCUGAAAUUUAUAUGGACUAGAGAAUUCAUGUGGCAAUAGUUUAUCUGGUAGAACUUCUCAAAUGUAUUUAUGAAAUUGUUUAUACAAAAUUACUUAUUAGUUUGUCAGUCUUGUACAGGAAAUCUGGUAUUUGCACCAACACAUAAAAUAGAAAGGAGUACAGUUAAUUUUGUAUGGCUGCAUCCCUCUGUGUACAUACAUCUGAGUAAACUUGCAGUAAGAUCUAUUUUUUGCUAUAAACAUCUAAGCACAAAAUACCAGCAAGAGGCCAAAGAUGAGCAAUAAGUUGUUUAUUUAAGAGUAAAUACUAUCUAGCAGUUUCACCAGUUUAUGGUUAGGAGUUGAAUAGACUUUGCAGGUAUGUCCCGAGGACAUUGGUGUGUGUUUGGGAAUUGUUUUUGCUUUCCUCUGAACCUCAGAGCUUUCAUGAUAAAUCAGAAAUUACUUUUUCAAACUGUCAAACUGCUUUUUGAAACUAAGGAGUCUUUCAGAAGCAUUCUGACAGAUGCCAUGAUGAAAUAGUAGCAGAAGUGUUAAGUAUUUAAGAAAGAUAAGCACAAGGACAUGCUGGCCAUGAGAAUCCAAUUUUGCCAUUCGUUUGAUCUCAGUCUGCAUUGCAAUGGUUUGAGUAAAUAAAUUGCAUGUCAGUAUAUAUGAUCCUAUUUGCACUAAACAAUGUAAUUCCAUCAAAAUAGUUCUAAUCAGGAAUUGCAUUUUCAGUAAAUACAUAUAAUACACGGCAUGACCUAAUGAGCAUUAAUGAAAUGUAUGCAAUUUCUGAUGAUCACUUGUUAAUCUCUUGAACUGUUUCCUAACCUAAAUAUUACUAUAAUGAAGAUUAUUUUCCACCACAAAUACCAAUGUUAAUGUAACUAGUAAUUUUUUAGACUGCUAUAACAUAUACGCAGUAGAUAAUGGGAACACUUGAACAAGUUCUCCCAGUUGCAACAAAUGUCACUUUAUUUGUAAAUGUAACUAGUAUUAUCCUGAAGAAAAAACAUUUUUCAUGGAAUGCAAUUUUAUCAUAUAAUGAUAUACCAUAAAAACUAAUGUACAAAACAGUGUGUACUGUGACAAAGGACACAUCUAAACUAGAAAGAACCCAUUUUAAUUUUCACGGCUUUCCUGAAAAUACAUCGCAACUCUUGUCUUUUAUGUUUUGUUGUUGGGUAAAGAUUCCCUUUACAACAGUACAGUUCAUUCCCAGGAUUCCCUGCUUGUGAAUUUUAGUGGCUCCAGAAGUUAUGUGCAUUUGUAGUGGACACAGAGAUGAAGAAAUUCGCUAGGGAAAAAGUCAGCCAUUUUUAUAAGCUUCCAAUGUUUUCCCAGUACUUUUAAAACAGGUAAUUUUGGGACAGAAAAGUAUAGGGUUCCAAAUAUUUGUUUCUUGUUAGAAGUAACUGUCUGUAGAUAUGUCAGAACAAAACCUUAUAGCAAGUCUGAAAAAUGACUUUGUUUUGCACUAGAAACCUAAGGUAUAACCACCAAAGAGAGAUUUGUGGAAAUGAUUCUUUGGAUUGGGAUCUCUGAACCCAGGAUUUGAUUUGAGUAUCAGAACUAGACCAAGUUUACAGUCCUUGUAACACCAAACUCCUCAGUUCAAUAGCACAAUAAGGAAGGACCAAAGUUGGGGGAUUUCAAAAAGUUGGGUGCAGGAAUGGACAAACCUAUAUUUCCUUUCUCCUCCAUCUAGAUUUUUAAAAUCUUUUUACUCAAUAUAUGAAAAUAUUUGUGGAUGUAGUACUAAACCAAAUGAAAUUCUCACUCAAACCAAAGUAAGGAUACAGUUGUUCCCAAUAUGGAGCAUAUCGUGUUGUGUUUAUUUGCCAUAUAGUUAUUAGCAAGGGGUCUACCAAGAAAGAGAUGAUGACCAUGAUUCCCUAGCACAAAUAUGAGUGAAUUCAUAAAUAUUAAACGCCAGCUUUUUAGGAUGUAUAUGCACAAAGUCCUUUCCUGGGCAGUUUUCUUCCACAAUUCUUUUCCUCAAAUUUAUGUAGAACCCUGCAAAAUUUGAAGCUCUGACCAAUAUAUGAAUCAAAAGAAAUUCUCACAUCCAUAAUGGAGAAUCCGAAAUGUUCGAUCUAUUGCAAAUUAAAACAGAUCUGUCAAUCUACCUUUUCCCCCAUUCCUGCAUUCUUGUCUGCAAAAAUAAAUGCAAGUCAAACAUUUAUUUGUUUGCUUUUCUCCCAAUAUGGGAACCAAAGAAACUUACAAUGCCAGUAAUAAAAUUUGGAUAUUUCUUUAAUGUGUUAGUACCUUGUGAGACCUUGUUAGUCUCCUUGUGCUAAAACAAUGAGAAGGGAAUAGUGUUUUCUUUCUAGAAACAACAGAAUAAUAUAUUGUGGCACCUGAAAGACAAACAUGAUUUGUCUAUGAGAUACUUUUCAACAUUAGUCUUGCAUCUGAUGGAAGUGGCUGAAAUCCACAAAAACUUGUACCAAUAAAGGUGUCUCAAGAUUGUGUUGUCAUGAUGUUGAAGAACAUUAGCAAUGGUAAUAGGAGCACUAGAAUGUUUUUUAAUUUGCAUAAUAAAAUCAAUGAACACCUGAA